AUGAAUCUGGCCCAGAUUCAACUGGAUUGUGGAGACGACAACAUCUGCGUCCCUGACCUCAAGCUGGCUGUUUAUGGUGACAGAGCGGAGGUCUACCUGGGCGAUGAAAACUCCUUGAGUCUGACGUUCAAUGCCAGGAACGAAGGAGAGGGAGGGGCGUACGAGGCCGAGCUCUACGUGGUUCUUCCUCCAGAGGCCGACUACAGCGGGAUCGCACGCAACAACGUGAGCUUGACUCAGCUGACGUGCAGCUACGAGGCAGAAAACCAGACUCGCUACCUGGUGUGUGACCUGGGAAACCCCAUGAAGUCUGGAACCAGCUUAUGGGCCGGCCUUCGGUUCACUGUACCCCGACUGAAGGACACUCACAAUACUGUUCAGUUUGAACUGCAAAUACGAAGACGACACACUGCCCCGGAUACCGCCUUUAUCCUGGUUUCCUUCCGGACACUGGGGCAGGCCUGCCGGAUCAGACCUGUGAAACUUCUCUCCAACAAAAGUAACCAGGGGCUGAAGGAUAAAGCUGCAGUGCUGCAGUGGGAGCUCCGCUCUCUGGACCAGGCGCUCAGCUACAGCGAACCGCAGAACAACAUCGAUCAGCUCCAACAGCACUGGAACAGCCUCCAGAAAUGUGAGAAAUCCCUAAAAGAUUUGGGUGUGAAAGUUCAUGACCUUCACCAGGAAAUAGAGGUUACGUCUGCCACUGACGAGCUGCCAUCAGAAGUGAUGACUUCGGUGAAGUCCUUAUGCCAGCAACAUGACAGUCUAAAGUCCAGGAUGAGUGAGCGUCAAGGAACCUGCUCUACAAACACAGCAUGCUGUCUGAUGGACUGUCUCCAUGCUUUGCAAGACUGGAACCAGAGCAACCCUUCACAGUCCAUUUCUUCUGUGCAGGCGAAAUUAGAGGAAGGUGAAAAGUUGCAGUCCAGCCUAAGGGAUGCGCUUUCUCACGAUCAGUUUCUAAGAGACUGUUUGAAGCCCGACUUGGCUAUGAAACUGGAGAGGGAUUGUUCAGAAAGACUCUCCGAAGCAAGCACACAUAAGGUUUCUCUUCGCCUGAGCUUAAAGGAACUUGAUGGAAAGCGUAAACAAAAGCUGCCUGAUGUCCUUCAAGGUAAUGUAGAGGAGACAAAGACACCGGUAGUGGCACCACCACGAAAAAGCAAGCUCUCACCUGAGAAGAAACAACAAGUCGAACUGCAAAGAAACAUUCCCAUAACAGAACAAUCUACAUCUAUUGAAUAUGAAUUAUUGGUUUCUGCUGAGCUGGAAACUGAUCCUAAAACAUUGAAGCCUACUUUGACAGCAGUCAAGGAAGACAUCAAAUCCAUUGGUGUCGAACACAGCAGAAUAGAACCAACAAAAACUAAAUCUCCGAGUUCAACAUAUCAAUCAGAACCUUUUACAGCGCAACCUUACAACACUUCUCAAGAGAUACUGUCGAAGAAGGAAGAAGGUAAAAGCCUAGAUCCCACUGCUGAGCCUUUUGGAGCUAAGCAAACUAAACCUACUUUAGAGCAACCUGUACCAAUCAAAAAGGUCAUUGGGCAGUCUGCAGCUAGUGUUAGUGAGAAAACUACACCUGUACCAUCCAGGAGAAAAUCCAAGACUUCGGCCACUGAUACUGAACCUGCCCAGCCUAAGGUGGAGCCUGAAAUGGUGAAAACUGUUAUUACUCAAGGAUCACCCGGAAAUUUGACAGGAAGUGCUUCUUCUGAAGAAACAAAGCGUAAGGCAACCAUUAUUUUAAAUGUAUCAGAGCCAUUCCCGUCUGUCACAGUAGCAACUGAUGCCAGGCUUGGACCUACCAGUAAAGAGUCAAAGACUGCAGACAUGUCUUCUAAGGAUAAUGUUUCAAAACCUACUCAGAUCAAAGGCAACACAGAGAAUGUAAAAUCUGUCCUCUCUUCAAUGCCCAUCACAGAAACAGAUAAUGUGCAACCUAAGUCAGUACAAAAAUGCCAAGAGUCAAAGAGCUCCAACGUUUCUACGACUGCAAAGCUUGUCGAAACUAAGAAAAUCCCUCAGAAUGGAAAGACUGCUCAAGGCGAGCAGCCUAGCGAAACUGCUGUUUUGGUAGAAAAUAAGCUUUCGCCAAACAAAAGAAAGUCAAAGAGUCAAAAACUUUCACCAGCAUUUUCUUACAGUGAGAUAACACAGACCAUGGAAAUGCCUGACAGUCAAAUGUCUUUACAGAGAUCCAAGGAGCAAACUGAUUCUGCUGCUGUGGUGGUAGAAGCUGAGUUUGUACGAACCAUGAGAAAGUCAAAGAGUCUUGACGUUUCCACUGUUUCAGAGACUGGGAAGCUUUUCAGUUCAGAGUCAGUUCCACUGCCAGCUGUAAUUGCUGUUUCGGAAAAAAGUAAGGUUUCACCACCAAAGCAAAAGUCAACAACUCUACCUUUGAAAAAGUCUGACAAGCAGGUAAUACAUAUAAUGGAAGAACAUGAAAGUCAGAGGUCUGCUUUGACAAAAAGUGCUGAACUUGCGACAACUUUGCAGCAAGUUGAUGUCCCAAAUAAAACUGCCGAUGGGAAAUCUAAAGAUGAUAAGAAAGAACCUGAUAGCCUGAACUCUCCACAUGUGGCCACAGAAACAACAGAAGCUACUGUUGUGAAAGAAAAUAAGCCUUUUCCAACCAAAAGAAGAUAUAAGAGUCCAAAGUGUUCCCCUGAACAUGUAACCAAGGAGGUGGCGGAGAGUAAGCAAGAUCCUGAAAGUCAGAAGUCGACAUUAAGCUCUGAAGUUCAAACUGAAACUGUUGUUGAGGAAGAAACUAAAGUCAUACCACCAAGGAGAAAAUCAAGGGGUUUAGAGGCAUCCAAAGUUCCAGAAAGUACAUUUCUACUACCCAAGGGAAUUUCAAAGAGUACAAAACCUCCUCAUGAACCUUUAGAGAAUGACACACCUCAGACAGCAAUAGAAUUGGAAGGUCUAAGAUCUACUUUAGGUUCAUUUGACAGAAAAAAAAGUGUUGUUAUUGAAGAAACAAAGCUUGUAGCAACCACAACAAAAACAAAGAGUGGGGACUUUUCCACAGCUUCAGAAACCGUUGUUACCCAUGUAAUGUCACCUGCUGCUGAGCCUGAACAACGUAAGAAAGAACUUGACAGUCAAAAGUCAUCAACUCUAGAUGUUGUCGAAGGAACAAUCAAAACUACUGUCGUGGAUAAAGGUAAUCUUUCACUAAGAAAAAUUAGGUCAAGGGAUCCGAAACUUUCUUCAGAACUUACUACCAAAGAGCUGACAAAGACUAAGGAUCAAUCUGACAAUCAGAAGCCAUCUUCAACCCCAGAGGUUGUCACAGCACCAACUGAAAUGGCUCUUGUGGAAAAAGGUAAACUUUCCCCAUCCAAAAGAAAGUCAAAGGGUCUUAAACUUUCCCUAGACCCUUCUGAUAUGCAGCAGAAAAACAUAAAGGAAGAAUCUGACAGUCAGAAGCCAUCUGCAACUCCAGAAGUGGCCACAAUACCAACUGAAACGGCUGUUUCGGAGGAAGGUAAACUUUCGCCAACCAAAAGAAAGUCAAAGGGUCUUAAACUUUCUUCAGAACUUACUACCACAGAGCUGACAAAUACCAAGGAGGACUCUGACAAUCAGAAGUCAUCUUCGACUCCAGACGUGGUCACAGCAACGACUGAAAAGGGUGUUUCAGAGGAAGGUACACCUUCACCAACCAAAAUAAAAUCAAAGGGUCUCAAACUUUCCCCUGAAACUGCUUCUACUGAUUCAACAAAGACCAAGGAAGAGCCUGACAGUCAGAAUUCAUCUUCAACUCCAGAAGUGGCCACAAAACCAACUGAAACAACUGUUGUUGAGAAAAGUAAACUUUCCCCAACCAAAAGAAAGUCAAAGGGUCUUAAACUUUCUUCAGAGCUUACUACCACAGAGCUGACAAAGACCAAGGAGGAAUCUGACAGUCAGAAGUCAUCUUCAACUAAACAAGUAGUUACAGCACCAACUGAAAUGACUGUUGUUGAGAAAAGUACACUUUCGCCAACCAAAAGAGAGUCAAAGGGUCUUAAACUAUCCCCAGAACCUGCUUUCACUGAGCCAACAAAAACCAAGGAAGAGCCUGACAGUCAGAAACCACCUUCAACUCCAGAAGUAGUCACAACACCAAGUGCAACUACUGGUAUGGAAAAAGGUAAACUUUCACCAACCAAAAGAAAGUCAAAGGGUCUUAAACUGUCUCCAGAACCUGCUACCACAGACCUGACAAAGACCAAUGUAGAGCCUGAGAGUCAGAAGCCAUCUUCAACUCUAGACGUUGUCACAGUACCAACUGAAACUACUGACAUGGAAAAAGGUAAACUUUCACCAACUAAAAUAAAGUCAAAGGGUCUUAAACUUUCCCCAGAACCUGCUACCACAGGCCUGACAAAAACCAAUGUAAAGCCUGAGAGUCAGAAGCCAUCUUCACGUACAGAGGUCACAGCAGUCACGGCAACAUCUAAAAUUACUGUUGUUUCACUUACUAAAAUAAUGUCAAAAGACAUCAAACUUUCCUCAGAACUUGAGGAAUUGACCAUACCUGCCAGGAAAAUAUUGAAAGAUGUAGAUGUUUCCACAACUGUAAAGCCAGCUUCUGCUGUUGUUGGAAGUGAUGAGGUGGAGUCUAAGGAGGUUAAAGUAGAACCUGAGUGUGGGAAGGCUUUAUCUGGACAGGUUGUUACAGGAGCUGUUGAAACUGAUGUUGUUAAAGAUAGUAAGCUUUCCCCAACCAAAAGAAAGUCAAAGAGUCCGAAGGUUUCGUUGGAAAUUUCGAGCAAGGAGCUGACGAAGACCAAGGAUAAAACUGACAGUCAGAAGCCAUGUUUAACUCCAAUCAAGGAUGAUGUGAAAUCAAAUGUCCCUCAAAAGAUGAAUCCUGCUGAGAGCAGUCAAACUACUGUGAAGGAUGUCAGUCCAAUAUCUGAGAAGUUUACUGUUCAGGAUGGUGGCACCAUUCGGGUAUUCCAAGAACAGAAAGGGGCUACAGUCAUUCUGGACACAUGUGUGCAAGUAUCAGAAAAGGAGGAUCCUUGUCUGUCAUCUCCAAAUAAUGAGCCUUUGGAGUCUGUUCUUACAUCCAUUUUAACCUGGGCUAUACCUCCACAUUCUGAAUUACAGGAGCCUGAAGAUAAAUCCAAAGAGGCCCCUAAAUAUACCAUUACUCAGUCUACAGAAAAAUACUUAAGUACAUUACCUCAAACAAAGCCAUCUCUUUCCACCAAGCCUACUGAUACACCACAUGUGGCAGACUACAUAGACAAGUUAUGUGAAAACACAAGUGAGACUCAGAAGAGAUAUCUGGUCCUUGAUCUGCCUGAGGUUGGAUUUACCCAGACAUACGAAAUAAAGCAAGAUCAGUCUUUGACUGAUCUUGCGGCUCAGAGUGAGUUCACUCAACCUACCUCAGCUGAUUUUGCUGGGGUUCAGCCUUAUAAGGCUGAGGCAGAAUUUUCUAAAAUAAGCUCAAUUAAGCAAAACAAAGUAGAACCAAGUGGAACUCUUAGUCUCGUUCAGGAUAGACGAGAACAAGGUAAGGUUUAUGACUUCCAGAAAGAACUAGGUAAAAUGUCAACACAUGACAUCGAUGAUACACCUAAGACCAUCCACAUGGAGCCUGAAGUGCGCAUUUUAAAACGAGAUAUUCAGACAAGUCCAGAGGUGAAUGAAAACCCAUCUGUCACAAGUGCAAAAAUUACACCAGUACAAGGAAGUAUCCAGAGUGAAAUGGACCCAGAAAACAAAGAUUGGAUUGCUGCUGUUGUUAAGACAGAGAUGACUGCAUUUAAUAUUACUAGAAUACUAAAAAAAGUGCAAGAAAUCACUAAUGAAAAUCAUGGCGAUGUGACUCAAAGGGACAAUGCCCAACACUCUCCUUCUGAAGCAUUGCCUCAAGAUCAGGCAAGGACAGAAUUUGUAGAGAUAAGCAUAUCUGAGAAAGAUAUUGUGAAAACAAGCCAAACUGGGACUAAACAAACCAUGUUGGAAAAACCCAAACAGGUCAAGGAACAGGUCGUAAAAGAGCAUCCUACACCUUCCCCACAUGGCAUUGAACAUGUACAUAAGAGCUUUGAUGAAAAAUGUGUUACUAUUGAGAAGAUCACCAGGGGGCCUGAAGUGUGCAUCCUACAACUGGAUAUGCCGACCAGCCUGCAGAGUUAUGAAUACACAUCAGUCACAAGAGCGAAAGAGCCGAGGAUAGAUAUUGUUCAAACGUGUAACCAGAGCGAAAGGCUGCUGGAAAACAAAGAUGUUACCACUGCAGGUGUUAAGCCAGAGGAAUCUGCAGGGGAAGUUACUAAGAUAAGGGUGCAGGAGGGCAGUCCUGAAUGUCAAGACAAUGUGCCUAAAAGAGAAUCUGCUCAACUCAAGACUUCUAGAUCUAAAUCAUUGCAACCACAUGAGACAGAGACAGACUUUAUCGAUAUAAGCUUAUAUGAACAAGACAUAGUUAAACCAAGCCAAACUGAUACUAAGAAAGGAGACUUGAAAACUGCCCAAGAUAGAGCUACAGGAAAAAAAGUAUCUGGAGUCCAAGAAGGGCAUCCUAACGUGUCAUCACAGAGUAUGAAAGAUGUACCCAAGAUCCUGGAGGAAAAGCCUGCUAGGAUGCAACAAAUCCAAUUAGAACCUCAAAUGCGCAUCCUUCAACUAAAUAUACCAUCCACUCUCGGGAAAGAUGAAAACACGCCAGUCACAGGAGAAAAAGAGCCAAAGAUACAUGCUAAAGUGUUGACAAAAGACGUACAUGAUUUACCCCAGAGCAUCGAUCAAAAGUCUGUCAAAAUUGAGAAAAUCCAAAAAGGCACUGAAGUGCAUAUUUUAAAACCAGGUACACAGAUCUCUAUAAAGGGGCAUGAUAUCCCCUCUGUAACAAUGAUUGAUAAAGAACAAACAAGUAUCCAAGGCAAGAAGUUAACAGAAAACAAAGACCUGACUUCAGCUGAUGUUCAGCCAGAUAAAGCUACAGUCAAGAUGACCAAGUUAGAAGUAUGCACAGGACCUGGGGUCCAAGAAGAGCAUCCUAUAGUUUGUACACCAGAUGUCAAGCCAGAGAAGGCUGCCAUUAAGACAAAAGAACAAGUUCCACAAAUCCCCACUGAAAGUCAAAAGAAUGUUGCCCUGAGGGACUCCACUCAACUCACAUCAGUUGCUUCUACGGCAGUGAAGCCAAGUAAAGCAGAAAAAACACUUGCAGAAAUAAGCUCAUCCAAGCAAGACACUGUAAAACCAAGUGAAACAGAGAUUAAACCUAGAUGUGAUGAAAACCACACAGGAAAGUCCCGAAGAUGUAAAGGUAAAGGAUCACAACAAGCAAGAGGUUCACGCUAAAGUGUUGACAAAAAACGUGCAGGAUUCCUCCCGGAGCUUGGAUAUAAAGUCUGUCAAGAUUGAGAAAAUCCACGGAGGGGCUGAAGUGCAGGUUUUACAACCAGGUACCCAGGUCACUAUUAAGGAGCAAGAAGUCGCAUCUGUUCCGACAGCAAAGACAUCAAGGGUUGUAAUUGAUCCAACAAGUAUCCAUGUCGAGAAAAUGCCAGAAAACAAAGACCAGACUUCAGCUGAUGUUCAGCCAGAUAAAGCUGCAGUCAAGAUGACCAAGUUAGAAGUAUGCACAGAACCUAAAGAUGUCAAGAAAAGUGGGGACCAAGAAAAGCAUCCUAAAGUUUGUACACCAGAUGUCAAGCCAGAGAAGGCUGCCGUUAACACAAGAGUAGAAGUUCCGCAAAUCCCCACUGGAAGGCAAGUGAAUGUUGCUCAGAGUUACUCCACUCAACUCACCUCUGUUGCUUCGACAGCAUUGAAGCCUAG